GGGGAGGGGACUAGGAGAGCUGACUAGGGAGGUAUUGGUUUUUAUAGGGGUGGCAAAAGGCCAUGAUAAUGGGCAAUGUUAAUGGGUUUCGGGUAUAGCAUGGUUAGGCUCGUGGUUAAUGGCAGAGAGGUUAGACGAUUGGGGAGGGUUCAAAAAUUGCUGAUUUUAAGUGGUGUUUGGACGGACACAGUAAAAAGGUGAUUCAGUGAACAAAGCAUUGGACCUAGGGUUGAUUUCUAUAUUUGCCCUGUGCCGGAUAUGAAGAAAAGAUUCUUACUUAAGGGUGGUUUUUAGCUAAGAUGGCAUUCAAGUGUUGUGGAUUGCCUGGAUGAUGAUUGUGCUGGAUGGAAGUCGAUGAACUAUAAGUAAUCACAGGAAAUUAUAUAGUGUCUGAAAUUGCUGUUGAAAGUCUUCCUCCCAAUAAGUGAUGUGGAUGUAGCCUUUUUCUUUGCAUGCUUUCCUAGAUUAGUUACAUGGUUUUACUUAUUCUUUGGAAUUGAAGUUUAUAUGUAACAAAAAUGAUUCUUUUAAUGUCUUUUAUUUGUAUUAGUUAAAUUAUUGAAUUUGAAGGGCCCUACAUGGCUAUGCUUGUUAUGCAUAUGGGUCCUUCAAAAAAGUUUAUAUGUAGGGUUGUUUUAGAAAAGUUGUUAAGAGUUUGUUUAUUCUCAUUAGAAGAGUUAAGGCUUAUUCUCAUUUACAAUGUUAAUAGAUACUCCCUCAAAUAAUUGUCUAGUAUAGUAUUUUAGUCCGUUCAUAUAUAAUUGUCUAGUAUAGUAUUUUAGUCCGUCCAUAUAUAAUUGUCCUAUUACCUUAAUGGAAAAUUAGCUUCACCCAACCCACUCAUCGCAUGCAUCUGGGUCCGUCUACGAACUUUAUCUCUCUCACUCUUUUUCAACAUAUUACUCCCUCCAUUUUUUUAAUCUACACACUUUCCUUUUUAGUCCGUUUCUUUUUAAUCUACAUACCGUUGUUUUUUCUAUUUUUGGUAACAUAUUAUUGGGAUUAGGAGCGCAAACGGAAGCAAAUUUAGAGAUUGAGAAAAGUGGAUAAAGGAUGGACAAAGAAAGUUAGAAAAUAAUACACACAAUUUAAUGUGGGAAAAUCCUCAAACGAGGUAAACAACCCACCAACGAGGCAACGACGAGCACUUAUUAUCCAAUAUAUGAAAAAGGGUACGAGAGUACAACUCCAAAGGGUAAAAAGAUAAUGGUAAGAGGGCUUUACCGAGGUGCUACCUCUUCUUUCAUUGGGAUGGGCUUUGAAAGUUCACUUUUUUUUGGCAUAUACUCGCAAACAAAACACUCUCUCCAGGUUAAGCUACAAAGUUCUGGACCAGAUCCCCUUGUCAUAUUUCCAUCAGCGGCAUUUUCUGGAGCUAUAAUCAGCUUUGUGCUUUGUCCUACUGAGCUAGUUAAGUGCAGGAUGCAAGUUCAAGGAACUGGUUCUUUGAUUCCGAUGUCCAGCACAUAUACCAGUACUGUUGAUUGUGCUCUAAAAACUUUAAGAACUGAGGGGGUAACAGGGAUCUUCCGUGGAGGGAUGGCAACCUUUUUGAGAGAAUCUUUGGGUAAUGCAGUGUUUUUUACUGUUUAUGAGAAUGUCAGACAUUUCAUGCACUUGCAACUUAAAGAUGCUUCUAGAGAUCAUAAAGGCUUGGCAGACUUAGGAGUUGGGAUCAUCAGUGGUGGCCUUGGUGGUAUCGCUUUUUGGUCUACUGUUUUGCCUGUGGAUGUGGCAAAAACCAUGAUUCAAACCAACCCAGAUCCGAACUACUCGAGAAAUCCUUUCCAAGUAUUGAAGUUGGUCUACAAGCAAGCUGGGCUAAGAGGAUGUUAUGCUGGCUUAGGUCCUACAAUAGCGAGGGCGUUUCCAGCCAAUGCAGCAGCAAUUGUCUCCUGGGAAUUUGCCAUGAAAGUUUUAGGCAUCAGACACUAGUAAAUAGUAAUUAUCUUUCUGACAUGACUGCUUAGAAAGAUUCAUUUCCGGCGAAUUGAAGCAGAGUAAUUUGAUGGAGGCCAGAGGUUGUGCAGUUGAAAGAAAAAUUACUGAAGUUAAUUAGCUCAAGUAUGAAUGUCCUUUCAACUUUGACGACCCGUUUGGUUAGUGGUACUAAAUGGUAGUAAUAGCAAUGUUUUCUAGUGUAAAUUUGUGAAGGCAUUCUUAUGUCGACAUCUAUGGUAAUGCUAUUUUAUCCCAAAACACCUAUUUUCUUCCUAAAAUUUCAUUACCAUCCAUUACCACUUGAAAAGGUGAUACUGAGUGAUAAAGACAAUUUAUAACGGAAAACCCAUGUUUUGACAUCUAGUUUCAUUACCAUGGAUAUCUUCACAAUUUACACUAAAAACUAUUACUAUUACCACCAUUUAGUACCACUAACCAAACGGGCCGUGAAUGUUUUAGUGAUUAGGCAUCGUAGGAGUCUCGUUGAAUCAUCUCAUGAAGUAUAACUUGACUUGGGAUAGUUCUGAGCUGUUCCACAGCCCCGGCAUUCGAUUACUGCUAUGAGUAUAUUGUUAUCAAUA